GGAAAUGACCGUUUCUGUGACUAAGACUGGUCCCCCCCCCCACUCCCUGCUCCCCGCUCUGCCCGUCCCUUGCAGGCUCCGGACGGACCCUCAGCUCCGAGAUGGCCCCGCCGCAGCGGCUCAUCCCACUCCACCUGCUCCUCCUGCUCCUGUGCCUGGGGUCGGGCCUGGCCCUCUCCACACCCGCUCCGGAUCUUAAGUAUGACACGACUCAAGCCCCAACCGCAAAGGCCACAACAUGGGCAGGGCAAGGCCCCGUAACAUUCACCCCCUCUCUCGCGGGCACCGACACUGACACAGAUGACCCUUUCCACUACGAUGUGCAGACGCUCAGGAUGUGGGGGCUGGUGGCCGCAGCGGUGCUGUUCAUCACAGGAAUCCUCAUCCUCACCAGUGAUCGCUGCCCGAGGGGGUCCCUGUGCCGCCGACAGCAUCAAAGUGCCUACAGAGUCGCCCAUGAGUGACGACCCUGCGGCCGGCCAACGUCGGGACGGAGCCCACUCCCCACUUUCCGGCCCCAUCUCCCACCUCCACUCGUUUCAGCCAAAAUUAAAGUGUCCAAAACCGA